AUGAAGGACCGGACUCAAGUUCACCCAGCAAAAGUGGAACCAAAGCCAGAAAUCUACCCCUGUGCCUCCUGCCUUCUGGCCUUCUCCUGUCAGCAAGUCCUCAGCCAACAUGUGCUUCAGAUCUUCCUGGGCUUAUGUGUAGAGAAUCACUUCCAUCCAGGGGAUUCCGGCCCCGGGCAUCAGGAGCAGCAGUAUUCGGCUCAGAGCUGCUGGAGUGGAAACACAGAAGGUCACCGGAGGGAAGGUGGCUCCCAACCCUUUUGUGCAAGGACAGGGGAGACAGAGACCUCAGGCGCAUUCCCCAGCCUCCCCCGAGGACAGUCAGCAAAAACUAGAGAAGGCACCAUGGUGGUAGAAACAGAGCCCACCUCAGCCCAAAGGCUAAACCCUGUGCAAACAGACAGGGGAGUGAGAGAAACCUCAAGAUCGGGAGUGGUCAACCGUACGGAACAUGAACUAGAUUGUAGCCUGAAAUCAGACUCCUUUGCAAAGCAGACGACCCACUUACAGAAGAAACCCUAUGUUUGCAGGGAGUGCAGGAGAGGCUUUAAAGUGAAGUCAACUCUCAUCAGACACCAUCGGACACACUCAGAGGGGAAGCCUUAUGUGUGUGGUGAGUGUGGCCGAGGCUUUAGCCAGAAGUCCAACCUCAACAGACUCCUGAGAACACUUUCAGGAGAGAAGCUUUAUUUGUGCAGGUAGUGUGGACAGAGCUUGAGAAAUAAGUCAAUCCUCAUUAGACAUCAGUGGACUCACUCUGCGGAGAAGCCUUAUGUCUGCAGUGAGUGUGGGCGAGGCUUCAGUGAGAAGUCAUACUUCAUCAGACACCAGAGGGCACACUCAGGGGAGAAACCCUAUGUGUGCCUGGAGUGUGGACCAGCCUUUAGUGAUAAGUGA